AUGGAAGCAGUACUGCCUGUUGAGGUAGAAAUCCUCUCACUGCGGGUAUUGUCCCAAGUAAAACUGUCUGAUGCAGAGCACAGACUGGAGCAGUUGAAUAUGAUCGACAAAAAGCGGUUGAAAGCUCUUUGUCAUGAUCAAUACUAUCAGCAGAGGGUAGCCAGGUCAUUCAAUCGAAAGGUAUGCCCAAGACACUUCGAAGCAGGCGAUCUUGUCCUGAGGAAGGUACUACCAUUACCCGUCGAGCUUGGAGUUAGGAACCAGAGGAUUUCUAAGAAGCUCCUCAACGUGCCGGGACCACAUUGA